AUGGGUUUACCAGAUGUUCCGACUUUGAAUGUGAUACAAUUGGGUUUCGGAUUUUUGACCAAUUUUUUUGCGUUCAAUUCACAAGGUGAGUGAAAACGUGGUUGGUCAAUAUGAUAACGGGAGGUUUUUUGAGUACAAGUUUUAUGAGUUUCGGGUUUCGAAUUUUGCAACAUUAAAUAAUUUGAUAAUGAGAAUCGAUUAUUUGAGAAUCUGAUAACAGUGUUCUCCAACAUAUCAAAAUAAAAAAUGAAGGAAAUCAAAUGUGGAAAGCUUUUCCAAAUAUAAUUGUAGGAACUUUAUUUUGUUGAUCCAGUUUCCAAUAGAAAUAGAAAUGUUUUUUUUUUAAUUUUUUCAAGAAAAUGAAAAAGAUUUCAUAUAAAAGUAGCUCCGUGCAUUUUCCAAAUUAUCGAAAUUAUUUCCAAUCCAUUCCAACAAUAAAUCUCAAUGUCAGCAGAAAAACAUUGAAAAUUUUCUCAACACCAAACUACAAAACCAAAAACAUUCAUCUAGCUAGCUCAAACUAAAUAUAUCUUCCCCCUUAUUCAAUAUAGUAUAAGAACUGUUUAUCUCUCUUUCUUUCUCUCUCUCUCUCUCUCUCUCUCUCUGCAUUGCUACAUUAUUAUUUUUUUAGAAUUUCGCGGUUCAUUCUCAUAUUUGAUAGGCGUCGUUUUAAAAAUCAUUUUUAUAAUCUUUUCAAUUUUAUUUUUUAAAUUUUAAUGAAAUUUUAUCAACGUAAAAAACCGUUUUUAUCUCGUGAAUUAUCCAAUCGGCAAUAAAAAUCAAAUGAAUUUUUAAAUUUAAGAAAUGGCGAGUUCUGAAAACUUGUCCACCCACUAAAAUACUUCAAUUUUUUAUCAUUCCAGGUUUCAUCGAAGAAGCCGUAAUUGACAGUGCAUCAAAUAAUGGAAAAAUCGACAAACAUGCGGGAUAUUUGAGUCUAGCCAUAAUUUAUGCAGUCUUCACGCUAGGAAAUUUUGUGGCCGCACCAAUCGUUGAUAUUUUAUCACCAAAAUGGGCAAUGUUUUUCGGCGCAUUGUGCUAUGCAAUUUUUCAAGUCGGAUUCUUAUUUUUGAAUGAAACAUAUUUAUAUAUCUCAAGUGCUGUGUUAGGAUUUGGUGCUGCUAGUAAGUGAUUUGUUAUAAAAUUUAAAUAAGACAUUAUCAAAAUGAAUAUUUUCCAGUUAUUUGGACGGGUCAAGGAUCAUAUUUAUCACAAAAUUGUACAAAGGAAACAGCAAGUAGAAAUAGUGCAAUGCUUUGGGGAAUGUCUGAAAGCUCACUUUUAGCCGGUGGCUUGUUUUUAUUCAUUGUUUUCACUACAACCGGGUCAGCUGAUCAUAUUCCCACUGAAACUGUGAGUUUUUCUCUUUUAAUUUUUCAACAUUGAGCUUUUUUUUCAGAUAAAUAUUUUAUACUCGGUAUUCUUCAUUUUAUCUCUUCUCGCAGCUUUAAUAUUUGCAUUAUUACGACAACCAGCUUAUCCAGAAAUUAAGGAUAAAACGAGUUAUGUGAAACUUAUGGCAUCAACUUUCGAAUUAAUGUUCACCAAAAGAAUGUUCAUUUUGGCGUUUGUUUUUGCUUAUACGGGAAUUGAGCAAUCUUUUUGGACUGGAAUUUAUCCAACUUGUAUUUCUUUUACAAAGAAACUUGGGACUAAUACAAAUGCGUUGCUUGCCUUGAACUCUAUUUGUACUGGAUUCGGGCAAACUGCAGGUGACUGAAAUAUUGAAUUACUCAAGAGAUUUUUAUUCUGCAAUAUUGAAAAAAAAUACUAAAAAAUUGUAAUCUUUUUUCAGCUGGAUUCUGUUUCGGUUUGAUGGGAGACCGCAUGAGAAAGAUUGGACGUGAUUCAAUAGUUCUACUUGGCACAAUUGUUCACCUUAUUGUUUUCGUCUUAUGUUAUAUCAAUUUUCCAGCCGAUGCAUCAUUGAAAAAAACCAACGAUUCUGCACUAAUUGAACCAAAGUGAGUGUCAAAAUUAAUAAAAUACUUUUUCAAAUUAUCAUCCGAAAUUAUAUUUUUCAGUGUUGCGAUUGUCCUAAUAACAGGUGCUCUUCUGGGUUUCGGAGAUGCUUGUUGGAAUACUCAACUAUAUUCAUAUCUUGUUGAUUCUUAUCCUGAUAAAAGUGCGCAAGCUUUCGCUUUAUUCAAGUUCUACCAGGUAAUUUUUCGGUAAUUUGAUGUCGUAAACAUGAAAUAACAAUUUUUAGUCCGCUCUCUCGUGUGCUGCAUUUUUCUACUCACCAAUUCUCCAACUUCAAUGGCAUCUUCUGAUUCUUGUGAUAACUUCAAUCAUUGCUGCAAUCGGAUUUUUCAUAGUUGAACGCAUAUCAAAAAACGCAAUUUACGAUUCUCAAGAAAUUCAUAAAAUUCAGUAUACAAUGACUGAAAUUGAAAGUAUGAUUUUUUUUCAAAAAAAAAUUGAAAAUUUGUGAAAAAAAUUCAUUUUUUUCAGAUUCAUCUUCAAGUGUAAAACAAGCGGAUCCUGAAAUGUUGUAUUAA